CUGGCACGAAUAGUGUGAGUUCGUAUUUUGACCGGCACUGAGGCAACGCAGUUCCGACUGGCAAGUAUGUUCCUCCGUCCAGUAGUGAUAAAACGAAGAUAAUUGCGGGAAGUCAGUAAAAUCUGAGUGACGGGUAGUGAGAUUCGGACGAUUUUUAUCACACCGUGUUAUUGUGCGUUGGUGGCGGAAGAGUCUUGGAGUAAAAAAGGAACACAAACAAAACUCGCGGACAUUUACGAAACAUUGCUGGUUAUCAAUGAAGUGCUCGAGUGAUCUAUAAUUUGUACCAGUAGAUACCAUCCACUAAACGGAGCGGAAAACAACAAUUUCCAACCGAAUGUGUGUCUUCUCUAGUGGUUGAUAAAGGGUAGUGAAAGUAUACCGGUGUUACAAAAUAUUUGUGGAGCUAAUUGUGUUGCUUCAGAACGUGCAAUUAAUGCGUGAAAACUUGUCUACAAAUAGAGGCUCAAUUACGGUGGCAUUUGCUUAAGGUUUCAAUUACAGCACAAAAAUACACGCAAUGGGCACGUCGUACAAACUUGGUAUGGAAGAGCUCUCGGGCAAAUCUUCCAACAUCUGGAAAGCACUGGUAGCUGAAUUCAUCGGAAUCUUCAUUCUCAACUUUUUCGGGUGUGCAGCAUGUACCCACGCGGCAGGUGAUAAAACUCUCAUUUCCCUGGCAUUUGGAUUGAGCGUGUUUAUGGUUGUUAUGUCCAUUGGCCAUAUUAGCGGUGGCCAUAUCAACCCAGCGGUAACAGCUGGCCUCCUUGCAGCCGGAAAGGUCAGCAUUGUUCGAGCAAUCCUGUACAUUGUGAUCCAAUGCGCUGGAGCGGUCGCUGGAACUGCUUCUCUUAAGGCACUUUUACCGGAAACGUACCAAAAUGGUCUUGGCAACACUGGUCUGAAGGAAAACGUUCAGGAUAUGCAGGGAUUAGGAAUUGAAUUUUUCCUCGGUUUCAUCCUGGUGCUGUGCGUCUUUGGCGUUUGCGACGAGAACAAACCCGACUCACGAUUUGUGGCACCUUUGGCUAUCGGUAUGACGGUUACGCUGGGUCAUCUCGGUGUCGUCGAGUACACCGGUUCUAGCAUGAAUCCAGCACGCUCGUUCGGAACAGCAUUCAUCGGCGACAACUGGGCUAAUCACUGGAUCUAUUGGGCCGGUCCUAUUAUGGGUGGCGUAUGUGCAGCUCUUUUGUAUUGCCAAGUGUUUAAAGCCCCCAAGUCGGAGGAACUGUCCGCUACGGAACGUUAUCGCGUGAUAGCCGACGAAAAAGAGCUGAAGCGUUUGGAUGGAAAACACGAUAUGGCCUAACCUGUGCGCAUUGGAACGUCUGAAAUUAUUUACGUAGUUCUAGAAAUAUUCAUUCAUAGAAUAUUCGCCGAAAAAGCGUAUUAACGUAUUUUUACAAUCUGAUAACAGCCAAAAUAAACAGUGAGUUAAGCGGUCAGCUUAAGAAGUAUUUAUAAGGAAACAAAAAGUGCCACGAAUAAAUAAAAUUAUUGCGAAUAAUUUUACGAAUCAAGUAUAGAAGAAUAUUGAGUUUAUUAAGUAUAUCUUAUUUUAUUUUUGUGAUUUGGUUAAAUUUUUCUAUAUGUAGCAUAACUAGGAUCGAUUCGAAAAAUGUCAUUAAGCAUCACAACAUCCUUGAUAUAAUAUACUCUGGUAAUUAAACGAUCAUUAAUGAAUUGCCAGCAAGAAGUCCUGCAAGUUAAUGUGAAAGUUGAUAGAAUCCACAAAUGGCCGCUGUUUUAGCCCGUUAUCUAAAGAAGGGAAUAUUUUGGGGAAGGAAAAUUUCUUCUUUCGUCUACAUAUAUCAAAAGCAGAUGAAAACUUUUGAAUUGAUCAAGGGAUUGCAGGAGAGCAAGGAAUUUACCAUUUUGUGGCCUGUAAGAUUACAUUGUUUUGUGGGGUGCAUCGAUUAGCUUGGGACCGAAGAAGGUACCAGAGCUGAGCAAAAAAGUUGAGCACGUUUCUUCGGGACCUUCUGGUCUUAGAGUUACCACUAUGCUAACACCCUCUAUCAUCCACAUCAUUAUCAUUGUCAUAUUUGCUCAUUUUUCUAUGCGUUACUUCCACCUUCGCUCGAGUGCAGCGCUGCUAUAUCUGUCGCUUGGAUUCUGGCAGAGUUGCCAGUCUUCUUGAUUUGAUGUCUUUGCUCAAAGCUAAGAUUUAGCCUAAGAAUGUGCGAGAAUCAGAAGUUAUAGACCAACAAAGAUCAAAUGCUUGUAUUUUUUAAAUUUACAUUCUUUUUUUUU